GACCAUUGGGAAAACUUUGUAUUCCGUAUUAAAAAUAAUCUAACCAGAAAUGAAUCCAUAGCUAAUUACUCUAAAUUUAAAGAAUUUAAAACCCAAGUAACAUAUUUUCUAACUUUGUAUAUAAAAAAUCGACCGGCUAUUAUCAUCCAGCGAGCAUAUCAUUUAUGGAAAAAACGAAUAAAUUCAGCUAAAAUAAUCCAGCACGCAGUGAGGAAAUGGCUUUAUCGACCAGGUGGCACAUUAAUGAAACAUGCCCAAGAUCG